CAGAGCUGAUUCCCGAUCCCCGAUUGCUUGGUCCUGGGUCCCGCCAUGGGAGCCUGAGCGCCCUGCAGGUCCCCCGGCCCCCUGCCCCCGGGGCCUCGAGGGGGAAACAGGCGAGCGGUCUGGGACGGAGCCGGGGUGAGCGACCUCGGGAGCCCCCCUCGUCAACCCCCAUCGCCCGCGCUGCCGGUUCUGGAGCGCGGAGUUCGGAACGACCGGGUGCGCUGCGGAUACAAAGGCGCGGAGCAGAGCGGGGCGUGCGCCCAGUCCACCCGGCUGUUCGCAGCGGCGGCUCCCGCCUGUGUGCUUCUGGUCUUAUCCCAGAUUUAUCUUCCUGCUUUGCCUCUACUCAACUUCCUCUCUCUCUGAGGUGACCUGAAACCUCUCACCCUCUACAGGGAGCUGUCGCUUGAAUUUCUCUGAGAUAAGCCCACUCGUCCAGCAAAAUAGAGUCCCUCAGGGUGACAGUUGACUUCCUAAAGGUGCCUCUUGGCCUGAAGAAGCCUGUGCUGAAGGAGGUGGCUGUGGGACCCCCCAAGAGGCCCCAGCCCGCGGCCCUGGAGCGUUACAAGGCACGGCGUUCAGACGCCAUGGACACCGAGUCCCAGUACUCGGGCUAUUCCUACAAGUCGGGCCACUCCCGCAGCUCCCGAAAGCACAGGGACCGCCGGGACCGACACCGCUCUAAGAGCAGGGAUGGGAGUCGUGGAGAUAAAUCAGUGACGAUCCAGGCUCCAGGGGAGCCCCUGCUGGACAAUGAGUCCACAAGGGGGGAUGAACGGGAUGACAACUGGGGAGAAACAACAACAGUGGUCACAGGCACUUCUGAGCACAGCAUCUCCCAUGAUGACCUCACACGCAUCGCCAAGGACAUGGAGGACAGUGUCCCGCUGGAUUGUUCCCGCCACCUGGGUGUGGCAGCAGGGGCCAUUCUGGCACUGCUCUCGUUCCUCACCCCGCUGGCUUUCCUGCUGCUGCCCCCGCUGCUGUGGCGGGAGGAGCUGGAGCCGUGUGGGACCGCCUGUGAGGGCCUUUUCAUCUCCGUGGCCUUCAAGCUGCUCAUCCUGCUGUUGGGCAGCUGGGCUCUGUUCUUCCGCCGACCCAAGGCUUCACUGCCCCGAGUCUUCGUGUUGCGAGCUCUGCUCAUGGUGCUUGUCUUCCUGCUCGUAAUCUCCUACUGGCUCUUCUACGGCGUUCGCAUCUUGGAUGCCAGGGAGCGCAGCUACCAGGGCGUGGUUCAGUUUGCCGUUUCGCUAGUGGAUGCCUUACUCUUCGUGCACUAUCUGGCUGUAGUUCUGCUGGAGCUGCGUCAGCUCCAGCCCCAGUUCACACUCAAGGUCGUGCGAUCCACAGAUGGGGCCAGCCGCUUCUACAAUGUCGGCCAUCUCAGCAUCCAGCGAGUGGCAGUGUGGAUCCUGGAGAAGUAUUACCAUGACUUCCCUGUCUACAACCCCGCCCUCCUCAACCUGCCCAAGUCCGUCCUGGCCAAGAAAGUGUCUGGCUUCAAGGUGUAUUCUCUCGGAGAGGAAAACAGCACCAAUAACUCCACUGGCCAGUCAAGGGCCGUGAUCGCAGCUGCAGCACGGAGGCGCGACAACAGCCACAAUGAGUACUAUUAUGAAGAAGCCGAGCAUGAGCGCAGAGUGCGCAAGCGCAGGGCCAGGCUUGUCGUGGCUGUGGAGGAGGCCUUCACGCACAUUAAGCGGCUGCAGGAAGAGGAGCAGAAGAACCCCAGGGAGGUGAUGGACCCCCGGGAGGCAGCUCAAGCCAUCUUUGCGUCCAUGGCCCGUGCCAUGCAGAAGUACCUUCGCACCACGAAACAGCAGCCUUACCAUACCAUGGAGAGCAUCCUUCAGCACCUGGAGUUCUGCAUCACCCACGACAUGACACCCAAGGCCUUCCUGGAGCGAUAUUUGGCUGCCGGACCCACCAUUCAGUACCACAAGGAACGUUGGCUGGCCAAACAGUGGACAUUGGUGAGCGAGGAGCCAGUGACCAAUGGGCUUAAGGAUGGCAUCGUGUUCCUCUUAAAGCGCCAGGACUUCAGCUUGGUGGUGAGCACCAAGAAGGUGCCCUUCUUCAAACUCUCGGAGGAGUUUGUAGAUCCCAAGUCACAUAAGUUUGUCAUGCGGCUGCAAUCGGAGACCUCUGUGUGACUUUGCAGCAGCCGAGAGGAGGGAUGUGGGGGUUCCCGCGGAAUGGGAGAGGCUUGGUUCUCUGGCCCUGACACAUUUCUGCCAUCCUACUUCCUCUUGCUCUUGUUUGUUUUUAGUUUUUGUUUUUUACUUGAAUUAACUUAUCCUGUACUCAGUCUCCUCCCCUCUUCUUCAGUUUUUCCCGUCUGGAAAUCUGGAGAGAACACCUUGCUUUAACAAUGCCUGGGAACCACCCUGACCCCCAGCUUUGUAUCACUCCAGGCCCUGCAGGAAACAGUGCCUCAUAACUUCCCUCAUCUCCAUUCUUACCCCCAAAACAUUCCCUGGAUGGAAGUCCCUUCCAAAAGUGUUCCUGAUUGUACCCUUUGCCUCCUGAGCUCCAGCUUAUAAACGGAUAUCCUUAGAGCUGCAUUCUCUAGUGGCCCCUGAUAGGGUUUCUCUUGGGAGCACAGCUCUGACCCCAGAGAACCAUGGUGCCAAACUCCUGUGGGACAGCAGCUAACUGUAUCCCCUGUCCCCACCCUUAGCCCCAAGUCCCUGGGCAAGGAUGCAUCAGUUACAUAGUCCCAGAGGUAGAAUUCUCCCUGCAGUCUUCCUCUCCAGUGUUACAGCUGUACUUCCGGGUACACACAGACACACAGAAACACACACAGACAUACAGCAACUUACAGACACACAGACACAAAGACAUACACAUACACAAACACCCAGAACAAGGGGAAGUUCCUCUACCCAGGAGUCUUUACUGCUGUUUCUGACUUGUAUGGUCACGUGAUCACAGGCAAAUGGAGGUGGACUGUCUCUGACCACUUUACCAGGGCUGUGGGGAAGGUAUGGUGUGUCUUUCUUAGACAAUUCCUGAGAGGAAGGGCAGGAUCGACCCCUGAGGUUAUAGAGACCCUUGUCACUGACCCCAUCCUUCUGAACUCACUGACCCCUAUCCCGAGCUGUUCUUCCCACCCUUACCCAUGAAGGAUGCAUGUUGACUUCUUAAGGACUCCAUGGCAUGCAGACCCUGACCAACCCUGGGGUCGAAGACUUUUUUUUUUUUUGCACCAGCUACCCCAGUCCUGCUGAAUUCCAGCUCUAGAGACCUGUGCCCUCAUCUCUUUAUUGGGGGAGGGGCCAGCAGCUCCUUCUCAUCCCCUGCCUUAAAUCCAGUUCUUUGCCUCAGGGGUCUCUUUCCCAUGGCCUUCCAGGGUCCCAUCCUCUUCUCUCCCCGCCUUGCUUUCUGGGCUCUAUAUCAGGGUGAGGGACCAGGAUUACUGCCUUUUGUGGGUAUUAGCCCCUCACCCCAGUUUAACUAAUAUAGCCUUUGCAGCAAAUCUGAAUCUCAGUAAUCUAAAGCUCACUUUGAGCAGGAUUCACUAGCCCUCUAAUGGGUAUUUUCAGAGUAAACUUGAGCCUUUAAAUCAGACACCUUUAAAUUAUUUUUUACCACAAGGACUAGAAAUAGGGAAUACCCACAUCCUUCCUCCUGGGAUCCAGACUGUCCUGAUGACUGCGAUGGAGAAAUGCCCCAUGACACUUUUCUAAACAACUCUCAAAGCCCCUGCAAAGACCCUUCACUUCCCUGAAAACUUGGCUGGUAUUUGCUGUGCAGAGCACACCCUGAGAUGGGGUACCUUUGAUCUCACUGAGAGGCUGUGAGAUCCCAAGGAGGAGCCUACCCACCAGCUGCUACACUUGUCCAUUAGGGGUUACUUUCUUCUCAUAGGAAUGGUGUUUGGAGCUGACUUACACAGGGCCUCAAGGUUAGCUUAGGGCUGUGGUAGAGGUGCCUCAAUAAACUCCAGUGAAAUUAAUAUGUCCUUGGGUAAUGGGAAGGUAUCUUUUCUUAAAAAAAAAAAAAUCAGGUUUCAGAGGAGAAUCUUUUGAGUCACGUAAAUACCUCACUAUCCUGGAA